AAAGCUUUAUUGAUUGCUACAUUACAUAUAUCCAAAGAAGUCCAAGUCAGAUCAUCAUAUGUCAAAAAGUUAAGUUAGUCCUUGAGUCAUCUUUUGAAAUGCAUGGUGAAGCAGAAAUGGUUGUUUCAGAGAUAAGCAGGGACCAUUCCAAAGAACACAAACAAAAGAGUUAUCAUCAGUCGAGAGUAGAAAGGAAAGAGAUAGUAUCGCGUUGCAGAGCGAGGAAGAGGUACUUGAAGCAGCUUGUCAAUGCUACACAAUCUCUCUCUGCCUCUCACGCUCUUUAUCUCCGAUCUCUACGCGCCACCGGCUCCGCCCUUGUUCACUUCUUCUCCAUAGAGGCUCCGCUCCACCAUUUGUGCCCUGGCUCCAAGAACACAUGGACCUCCCCUGCUCUCCCUCCUCCUCAUCAGGCAUCCUCUACUUGGGACUUCUGGGACCCCUUUGCGCCGCCUCCCCCUUCCUCAUACGAGGAGGACUGGGACCGCGAGACCGCCACGCCCAAGGACACAACGACGAUCACGGGAAGUGAGUUGGCUAUGGUGGCGUCCACGUCCAAUAACAGUAAAGAUCUGUUAGAGAUCAUCAAGGAAAUCAAUGAAUGUUUUAUCAAAGCUGCAGAAUCUGGUUCUUCCCUCCUAGAAAUCUCAACCUCCAUGGACGCAUCCUUUUCUGCUCAUAGCAAAGGAGUUUCUUCAGGGAAAACGUACAGUAACUACGACUGCAACUUGAAUCCGAUGUCCCUUUGUAAAAGGGGCUCAAGUCCGAAAUUGAGCGAAGUAGGAGUAGCAGGUGAGAUGGUCGGUCUUGGCAGCCAUUCCUCUACCAUAGAGAGGCUCUAUGCGUGGGAGAAGAAGUUGCUUCAAGAGGUCAAGAAUGCAGAGAGCAUUAAGAUGGAACAUGAGAAGAAGGUGCAGCAAGUGAGGAAAUUGGAGGCCAAGAAAGCUGAGAAUGUGAAGACGGAGAAGGCUAAAAAAGACGUUGACAAGUUGGAUUCAAGCCUCAUGGUUUCCUCUCAGGUUAUUAAAAGUGCCUCUAAUGAGAUCAUUAAGCUCAGAGAGACCCAAUUGUAUCCUCAGCUUGUUGGCCUCGCUAAAGGGAUGAUGAGCAUGUGGAAGAGCAUGUACGAAAGCCACCAGGUUCAGACCCAUUUAGUUCAACAACUCAAGUACCUCAACACCAUCCCCUCCACUGAACCCACAUCCCAGCUUCACCACAAAUCAACUUUUCAGCUCGAACUCGAGAUCCAACAAUGGCACCACUCUUUCUGCAAUUUGAUCAAGGCUCAACGUGACUACAUCCAAUCUCUCACCGGUUGGCUAAGAUUAAGUCUGUUUCAGUUUAGCAAGAUUCCCCUCGUCAGGAGCAACUACGAGACUAAGAUCUACAACUUCUGCGAAGAAUGGCACUUGGCAAUGGACAAGAUCCCUGAUAAAGCAGCAUCAGAAGGAAUUGAGAGCUUACUGACAGCGGUUCAUGGAAUAGUGGUUCAACAAGCAGAUGAACAAAAGCAGAAGAAGAGAACGGAAUCCAUGUUCAAAGAAUUUGAGAAGAAAGCAGGUGCGCUCAGAGUGCUUGAGAGUAAGUAUGGUUCAUUCUCGGAGCCUGACAGUGGAAAAAAGAAUGUGGUGGUAGAGAAGAGGGGUAAGGUUGAGAUCCUAAAGGUAAAGGCCGAAGAAGAGAAAAAUAAGAAUGAGAAGGCGGUAAGUGUAAGCAGGACGAUGACCAUAAAUAACUUGAAGAUAGGAUUCGAGCACAUGUUUCAGGUAAUGGUUGGCUUUUCAAGUGUUUGUAUGGAGGCCUUUGAGUCGGUCUACCAUCAAGCUAAGAGCAUUGGUGAGGAACAACAACAAGAGGUGAAGAAGUUACUCACUUAGACAAACUGCUUUGUGAGGUGUGAAUGUAACUUUGGGCUUGAGAAGGACCGGUGUUGUGACCUAACCAAUACUGCAGGAAGAGUCAAUGGUAGUGAUUAAUUAUGUUUCUAAAGCAGUAGAAAGAAAAGAAAAUAAUUAUUAUAGUUGUUUGGGAGAUUUUGAUUGUUUU